ACGGGAACAUGGCGGCGCUCGGGCCCCCGGCGCGCACCUUGCGAGGCCUCCUACGGGAACUGCGCUACAUGAACGCAGGCACCGGCCGACCCUAUCGCGACACCGCAGCCUACCGGUACCUCGUGAAGGCUUUCCGCGCACAUCGGGUCACCAGUGAGAAGCUGUGCAGAGCCCAACAUGAGCUUCAUUUCCAGGCUGCUACCUAUCUCUGCCUUCUCCGCAGCAUCCGUGAACAUGUGGCCCUUCAUCAGGAAUUUCAUGGCAAGGGUGAGCGCUCAGUGGAGGAGUCAGCUGGCUUGGUGGGUCUCAAGUUGCCCCAUCAGCCUGGAGGGAAGGGCUGGGAGCCAUGAAAAUGGAGAGAUUCCUUGGAUGCUGCCUUCAGACAAGAAUUUAAUUAUUUCUAUCACUAUGUAUUUACCAUUAAAUUUUAUUUAAAGUUUAGGGGUUUUCUCUGUAAUUUUGUUGGCCAAGUGUUUCUUAUGGAGGUUUCAUCUUUACUCUCAGUGAAUUUAUUGAACUUCUUACGCUAAGCUGAUUGAUGUACUGGAUUUAUUUUAAAAAUUAUUAGUAUUUUUAUUUUAAAAUAAUGCAAGCCUAUUGUUAAGGAAUUCAAAUGGUAUAGACAUAAAAUAAGAGCCCUCUUCCUUUGUCCCUCCCUUCUCCCUUUCCCAUUCCCAGGUGGUAACUAUUACUAACAGUUUGGUGUGCAUCUUUCUAGAUAUUUCUUAUGCAUAUACAGACAUACAAUUAUGCAUAUAUACUUUAUUUAAAAUAUACAAAUAUCAUGUGUUAACAUCCUGGCAGGAAACAGAAGGCACACUCAAAUAGGGUUACUGAGGACAGGUUAUGAAGAGAUAUAUAAAGUCGUGGCCUGAAUUAAGGUCAACAGGAUGGGCUAACUACAGUGUGGUGCUAUUAUGGGGUGGGCAAAAGUAGGUGAAUAAUAAUAAAUGAUACAAUAAUAAGUAAAUACAAAAAUAAACUGUUUCCCAUACUCACAACUGUAAACCAACUUUACCGACUCUAUUACUUCCCUAGGCCUGACAGAGGUGACCCUUGGGUAUAAGAACAUGGCCACCACUCAGCUAUAGGCCUCAGAGAGAGAAGGAAUAUACUGACUUCUCUCUCCCUCUGCAUUCUGCAUUCCUCUCCUCAUCUGAUCAGCAAUUUCUGCUGCUUUAAGGCUCUAACUUCCUUCUCCCCCUCAAUCUUCACUGCCUCCAUCCUAGUUCAAGCACUGAUAAUCUUUUGGUUGAACUAUUAAACUAGUCUCCUAAAUGGCCCCCUUGCUUCUAACAUCCUGAAUUCCUCAAAUAAAAAAAUUAUUCUUCCUGUGAACUACCAACAGCACUUUUUCUGUGCCCUUUGUGGUAUAUGUCAGUUUCUUCUGAUAUUACGUAAUUGUAGACAUGUCUUAUAACCUAUUUUUCCCUGGUCUGUAAAGUCCUUAAGACUAA